AUGGAGAAAGGAGAAUGCACGAAGAACUACCCCAAACCAUACUCAAGCCAUACAAAGAUCGACAAAUCAGGUUUUGUUGUUUACAAGAGGCGCGUUAAUAGCAGAGCCUCUGUUUUCAAAGGUGAUAUAGAGUUGGAUAGUCGAUACGUGGUGCCUCAUAACCUCUCUAUCAUCAGAAAAUACAAAGCACACAUCAAUAUUGAGUGGUGCUGCAAGACAGGUGCUAUCAAGUACCUCUUCAAAUACAUAACUAAAGGGGUUGACCGAGCUAUGGCUCUACUUGAGCAUACUGGUAGUCAAGACAGAGCAGAGCUAGAGAAAAAGAAAGAACACCUAGAGAUGGAUGAGAUUGAUAGAUAUCUGGAGUGUCGGUACAUCUCAGCAUGUGAAGCAUCGUGGCGUCUGUUUUCUUUCCACAUUCACCACAACCAGCCUUCUGUUAUGAAACUCACAUUGCAUCUACCAGGCAAGCAUAGGUUGGUUUACGAUCAGGAUAAAAGCUUAGAGGAAGUUCUGUCACAGGAGGAUAUUGAGAAGACAAUGUUGACAGCAUAUUUUGUGGCAAACCAGAGGUAUGAAGAAGCAAGGGAACUCACGUACAUCCAGUUUGCUGAACACUUUGUGUACCACAGUGACAUAAAAACUUGGACACCACGGAAACAAGGGACAGCUAUAGGCAGACUCAUCUAUGUACAUCCAACUGCAGGAGACAAGUACUAUCUCAGAAUCCUUCUCAACGUGGUCAAAGGCGCUUUCGGUUAUGAUGACCUCUACACAGUAGGUGGUACGAAAUUUAAGGAGUUUCGUGAUGCUUGCUAUGCGCGUGGUUUACUAGACGACGAUAAGGAAUGGCAUGAUGCAAUAGUUGAACCCUCACACUAG